GUGACGGCGGCCAUUUUGUGUCUGGAGGCCGGAGAAGAAAGGCUGGUUUCUUUUUUAACCAGCGCCAAGCAAUUCCUGACGCGACUCGGCUCUCAGAGGCUCCAGAAAACCAAUUCCAACGGCUGUCUAGCUAGGAAAAUUAAGUCCCGGGCGUUGUUUUUAUAGCCACAAAGCAGCAGUAAAGUUCAGAGUAGGCGCGGUUGGGCCUCUCAGCGCUACCCUUUCAUAUAGUCGCGCACAGGGGUCUCUUUUCCUGCUUGGGAGAAUGCGAGGCUUCGGUGACCGAGGCCGCGAUCGUGACCGCGGCGGGUUUGGUAGCCCUCUGCCUCCUAAAAAGUUUGGAAAUCCAGGAGAGCGUUUGCGAAAGAAGAAGUGGGACUUGAAUGAAUUACCCAAAUUUGAGAAAAACUUUUAUGUCGAACAUCCGGAAGUAGCAAGACUCACUCCUUACGAAGUUGAAGAGUUGAGAAGAAAGAAAGAGAUUACUGUAAGAGGCUCAGAUGGUUGCCCCAAGCCAGUAUUUGCCUUUCAUCAGUGUAACUUUCCACAAUAUGUAAUGGAUGUCUUGAUGGACCAACAUUUUACUGAACCAACUCCAAUUCAGUGUCAGGGCUUUCCUUUGGCCCUUAGUGGGCGUGAUAUGGUGGGCAUUGCACAGACUGGCUCUGGGAAAACAUUGGCAUAUUUGCUACCUGCAAUUGUUCAUAUAAACCACCAACCAUACUUGGAAAGGGGAGAUGGUCCAAUUUGUUUAGUUUUAGCUCCUACACGAGAACUGGCUCAACAAGUCCAACAAGUAGCUGAUGAUUAUGGUAAAUGUUCAAGACUGAAGAGUACCUGUAUAUAUGGAGGAGCACCCAAAGGCCCCCAGAUUAGAGAUUUAGAAAGAGGUGUUGAAAUUUGUAUUGCUACACCUGGCCGUCUGAUUGAUUUCCUGGAAGCAGGGAAAACUAAUCUUCGCCGCUGUACAUAUCUUGUAUUGGAUGAAGCUGAUAGAAUGCUGGAUAUGGGUUUUGAACCUCAGAUUCGUAAAAUUGUUGAUCAAAUACGGCCUGACAGGCAAACACUCAUGUGGAGUGCCACUUGGCCAAAGGAGGUGCGACAGCUGGCUGAGGACUUCCUGCAUGAUUAUGUCCAGAUCAAUGUGGGGAACUUAGAGCUGAGUGCCAAUCAUAAUAUCCUGCAGAUAGUGGAUGUGUGCAUGGAGAACGAGAAGGAUCAUAAAUUAAUACAGUUGAUGGAAGAAAUUAUGGCUGAAAAAGAGAAUAAGACUAUUAUCUUUGUGGAAACAAAACGGCGAUGUGAUGAUCUAACACGAAGGAUGCGUAGAGAUGGUUGGCCAGCUAUGUGUAUUCACGGAGACAAAAGUCAGCCUGAACGAGAUUGGGUGCUUAACGAAUUUCGUUCUGGAAAGGCUCCUAUCCUCAUUGCCACGGAUGUUGCAUCUCGUGGGCUAGAUGUGGAAGAUGUGAAGUUUGUGAUAAACUACGACUAUCCAAACAGUUCAGAGGAUUAUGUGCAUAGAAUUGGCCGUACUGCCCGUAGUACCAACAAAGGCACUGCCUAUACAUUCUUCACACCAGGAAAUCUGAAACAGGCUAGAGAGUUAAUAAAAGUUCUAGAAGAAGCCAAUCAAGCCAUCAAUCCAAAACUGAUGCAGCUUGUGGACCACAGAGGUGGUGGUGGAGGAGGAGGUGGUCGUUCUCGUUACCGCACAACCAAUUCAUCCAACAAUCCUAAUUUGAUGUACCAGGAGGAGUGUGAGCGAAGGCUCCGGGGAGUUAAGGAUGGCCGAAGAGACUCAAGUACUUUCCGAGACCGUGAUCGCACUGACAGUUUUGCCAAUGGAGCCAACAAAGCCUACGGUGGUGCUUACGGAAAUGCAACUUCUGCAUUUGGGGCACAGCAAAGCCAAUAUGGUUAUGCCCAGGGAGCCUAUGGAACUGCAACUUACGGAGCAAGUGGUUAUGGGGCAGAAUAUGGUGCUGCUGGGUAUGGGGGAGCCAGCACUGCUAAUGCUGGGAGAAACUCACAAAGCACCAGCCAACAGCAAUAUGCAGGGAUGGGCCGUUCAGGCCAGCAGCCACAGCCUCUCAUGUCGCAACAGUUUCCUCAGCCUCCUGGCACCAGUGUGAUGGGCUAUAUGGGGCAGACUGCCAGUUAUCAGUAUCCUCCACCGCCACCACCCCCUCCUCCUUCACGCAAAUGAAGCCACUUCAUUUAGUGGUUAUCAGUGAAGAUUUGCAACCCUUUCUCACUUUUUUUUCUCUUUCCCUUCUCAACCCCAUCUCCAUAGUGAUGUUUUUCUUAAUGCAGGUUAGGUUUAGAGUUUACCAUCCAAAUUGUGCCCACAAAAAUGCUCCUGGUAUAUAUUAACUGAUUUUCUUUUUAAAAAGUAAUAUUGACUAUGGAAAACUAAUUACCUUAUGGCCUUGCAUUAUGUAAUUUGAAAUUUUCUGUCUCAAAAAAGAAAGAUCUACAAGGCAGUUUUGUCCCAGUCCAGCUGUUAUUGUGUCUGAGGCUUGUGUAUGAAAAAUUGCGAUGGAGAGGACUUCUCUAUAAUAUAAACAUCAAAAAAGAUAGUGCUAAGAAGUACCUCCUUUUUAACGGAAUAUUAAACAUGAUGUGAUUUUUGCUUACUGAAAUUGAGACUUAGGUUUUCUACAGCUAAUGAAAUGAGGCCUUGGAUUUGGCAUAGGAGAAUUUGGGAAGAUAAUUUCUUUGGUUUGACUCUACUUAUUCUUUCAAACUUCUACAAAAUGUAAAAAUAAUUUUGAGUUUAGCUAGCAUUUCUGCAGCUUCUGAAUGUCUUACCAGCCCUAUGCAUAUGGAGAUUAAUGUUCUGUUGCAAUGCAUUUUCACCCUAGAUGUAAUCAUAGAAUUGCUACACUUUAUUUUUAUUGGAUUUUUCUACGGCUCUUAGAUUUCACCCAAGAUAUCACAAAUGAGAUCUGCCCCAUAAUUUCAACUCGGGGGUUAAAGUUGCACUUAUAACAAAAGGUAUAUCUAUAAACAUGGGGAAUCUAUACAGUUUCUUGAUUUCAUCUUCUGAUCCAUUUACUUGGUAUCAAGAUUCCUCACUGGACAUACGUGAGAUCC